AUGGUUGGUAAUCCAUGGCAAUCUAAAGCCUGUGUGACAUGUCGAAAGCGCAAAGUGAAGUGCGAUCUGCAAGAGCCAGAAUGCGGCAAUUGCCUCAAGCGCGGCAUUAAAUGCCAAGGUUAUUUGAAAGAUCGUAUCUUCAUUCACCAGACCGCCCAGUCCAUGACAAUAGCAAAGAGUCGGGGAGGAUUGAACAGGCACUCAGUGACUCAGCUUCAAUUCUGUCUCCGGGCUCAACCGAUUUCUUUGAGCCCAGUCAACGCGGUUGUGGAUAGCGGACCCAUGAAACGCGAACAGCUGUUCUCAUCAUAUUUUACCGUCUAUUUCCCUCCUGAUAUUAGGGGGAAGCACCGAUAUAGACCCAUGGUAUACUAUGAUCUCAGGCAUCAUGGCACUCCCGAACAAGACCGUGAUGUUGGAAAGUGCUCUAUCUGCACAGGCUUGCAUACUCCUUGGGAAACAAAACAGGGAUGA